AUGGCAGCACUAUUAGAUGCAAGUAUUGAAGCAAAACAUGGUAAAUUAGGCUCUGAUCAAUCUUGGAAAUCACCACGUCUUAUAGCGUCAAGUACGGAAAAAGCACGACCCGAUGUAACAGGAACUGUAGACGCGUCAGAAUACUUGGAUGACCCAGAUGUUCUUGAUCAAAAAGUGUCUGUUCUAGCAUCGCUCAUUCGUCAAAGUCAACAGUUUGUUGUUUAUACUGGAGCUGGGAUAUCCACAUCAUCAGGCAUUGGUGACUAUGCUUCGAAAGCAAAGAAAUCAAUUGUAAUGAAAGAAACAAGUGUUAAUCGACUGAAAGCUGAACCGACGUUGACUCAUCAUGUUUUAGUUGCAAUGGAACGUCGUAACUAUAUAAAACAUUGGAUUCAGCAGAAUCAUGACGGCCUAGCUCAGAAAGCAGGUUAUCCACAAGCAAAAUUAAAUGAAAUUCAUGGAUCAUGGUUUGAUAAGAAAAAUCCGGUCGUCUUGAUGGACGAUCAGUUACGACCGGAUCUGUUUCGUUGGUUACAAGAAUGGGAAGAAAAAGCUGAUUUAUGUUUAGCAAUGGGGACCUCAAUGUGUGGUAUGGAAGCUGACUGUAUAGCGACAACCGUUGCUCAACGUCCAGGAACGCUAGGUCUAGCAAUUGUUAAUCUCCAGCGCACACCACAUGAUCAUCUAUCAGCUGUGCGAAUCUUUGCACCAUGUGAUGAAGUGAUGCAACUGUUAGCGAAAAAGCUCAAGUUAAAAUUGCCACCAAAAAAGUAUUAUUAA